AUGUCGUCCAUGCGUGUUGCCGUGAGGCCAUUGUGCGGUGUUGCCAGCCGUAGAGCUGCCAUGAUUGCUCGCGUCAAUUGUGUUCGUUUCAACUCCACUGAAGCAGCCGCUUCAGAAUCAUCAUCUGCUCCAAUUGAUCCCAAGAUCUCAGUUAUUGUGGACCAAAUCUCCAAAUUGACUUUAUUAGAAACAUCUAGUUUAAUCAGCGAAUUGAAGACUCGUUUAAACAUUUCCGACAUUUCUUUCCCCGCUGGAGGUGCUGCCCCAGCUGCAGCCCCAGCUGCAGUUGAAGAAGCUCCAAAGGAAGAAGUUGAAGAGAAAACCAUUUUCCUGAUCAAAUUGGAAUCUUUCGAUGCUAAAUCCAAGCCUAAGAUUAUUAAAGAAGUCAAGGGAUUAUUAGGCUUAUCUUUAGUUGAUUCUAAGAAGUUUGUGGAAGCUGCUCCAAAGGUAUUGAAGGAAAAUGUCACUAAGGAAGAUGCUGAAAAGAUUAAGGCUACUUUGGAAGGUUUAGGAGCUAAGGUUGUAUUGGAGUAA